CGAUUCUGGAGUCAACGGUCACACUUCAUUAAUAUUAAAAUUAAUUAAAUUCCAACAUUGAUUAAAAAUCGAAUACUUAAGUUGUUCAAUGAUGAAGACAAAUUUUAAUAUAGUGCGUUUCCUAAAAUUAAAUGGUGUUAGAAGUUAUGGUAGCCGUAGUGCUACUAUUUCGCAAACAACCGAAUUCAGCCCUAAACAAUAUACGGGCCCGACCCUGGCAAGAACUGACGAAAUAAAGGCGAACCAUAUUCCACCGGCAGUAUACAAUAUCUACAAGAAACCAGUGCUGCUCCACCAGGGUCACAUGCAGUGGCUCUUCGACCACGAGGGUCGCAAAUACCUGGAUCUUUUUGGUGGAAUUGUCACAGUCUCUGUUGGACAUUGCCACCCGAAAGUCGUUUCUGCCCUGCAGGAUCAAAUUCACACCCUUUGGCAUACGACAAAUAUUUAUCGGCAUCCAAAAAUAUAUGAGUACGUAGAAAAACUCGUAGCCAAAUUUCCGGGAGACCUAAAAGUGGUCUAUUUGGUAAACAGUGGCACCGAAGCGAACGAUCUCGCGGUCCUCCUGGCCAAGGCGUAUACCGGCAACCAUGACGUCAUAUCUCUUCAGAACAGUUACCAUGGAGACUCUACGGCUCUGAUGGCUCUCACUGCGACUCAGAGCUAUCGCAUGCCCAUACCAGUGCCUCCUGGUUUUUAUCACGCAAUGCUUCCAGAUCCAUAUAGAGGCAUCUGGGGUGGGUGCAGAGACUCUAUAUCCCAAGUACCAGGAUCAUGCUACUGUCCUGGCGACUGUAUUACUUCAGACAAGUACAUCCACCAGCUUCAGGAGCUGUUAGAAAACUCAGUUCCUGCCGGCCGAGUAGCAGCAUUCUUUGCGGAAUCCAUACAAGGUGUGAAUGGAGCUGUGCAGUUUCCAAAAGGAUACUUGAGGAAAGCCCAUGAGCUGGUCAAGACGAAAUACGGCGGGGUCUUUAUUGCUGACGAGGUGCAAACAGGUUUUGGCAGAACGGGAGAUGCUUUCUGGGGCUUCGAAAACCAUGGCGUCACACCGGACAUAGUGACCAUGGCUAAAGGGAUCGGCAAUGGUUUCCCGCUUGCUGCUGUAGUUACGACCAAGGAAAUAGCAGCUGCUCACACCAGAGCUACGUAUUUCAACACAUUUGGAGGAAAUCCUUUGGCAGCAUGUGUUGGAAAAGCUGUUUUGGAGACAAUCGAAGAAGACCAACUGCAAGAAAAUUGCAAAGUUAUCGGCAAGUAUUUCAUAGAGCAACUUAUGGAGCUGCAAAAAGAACAACCGUUAAUCGGUGACGUCAGGGGCAAAGGUUUGAUGCUGGGUCUUGAACUGGUGGUGCCUGGCACGAAGCAAGCAUUGAAGGUGGCAGAUGUGUCAGUCAUUCACGAGGAUAUCAAGGAUCAUGGGAUUUUAAUUGGACGCGGAGGACGAUACAACAACGUACUGAGAAUCAAGCCUCCAAUGUGCAUCAAUAAGGAAGACGUAGAUUUUACCAUGUCAGUUCUAAAGGAGACAUUGAAGAAUUUUCAAAAUAAUAAUCAAAAUUUAAAUUAAAAUAAUAAAUACUGUAUAAAAUAAUAUCUUAUACUGAAGGUGUUGGUUUUUGUUUAUUUGUUGAAUAGUUUGUAAAUUAUACAAAAUACAAAG